GAGGGAGGGAGGGAGGGGGGUAAUGGGAGAGUUGGGUUGGGAGGGGGGGUAGGUGUUUGUUCCAUGUUUGGGCUGGGGAGAGAGGCUAUGCCCUCCCUGCCCGGCUGCAUUACGUUAUAAGGGGGAUUGUCGCCGUCGUAAGGGGCGGGUAAUGGGUUGGUCGGUUGGACUUUCAACGUUUUUUAUUAUGAUGAUUCUGGGCUUUUCAAAGUGGCCUGGACAUUUUCUCCUAUCUUGCACAUUCGUGGUGUUGUUUUCGGGACUGGCCAGGUACAGGCGAGCAUUUUGGGGACGGUCUCAGCGAAGCGGUACUCAUGUUGAUCUUCUCAGAAUGUUGGCGUGGUGGCGCCGAGGACAACGUUUGAUGUAUGAUGGGGGGCUACAGCAGUGGUAGAAGCACUGGCUUUAUUUACGUUUACUACUUUGCCCAUAGGGUGCCAGGGCAUCGACAUAUGAUCACUUGUUUUCGGACCAAA